AUGAAAGUCGCCGUUGUAUCCGUGCUGUUGCCUCUGCUAUUUCUGGGCCUCUUCCUAAAAUCGAAGGAGCCGGAGGUGCUCCUCUCCUAUGGACAAUCCGUAAAGAACACCUUCAAAGAAAUAUUGCUCUAUUUUAACAUUUUCGACAUCGAGUUCCCAGAAAGCUAUGUCCUAAACCAGAAAAUGCUGGGCCUACACGUGAAGGAUAUAGAAAAGGACGCAUAUACAGCAUUCCCAAUUCUGAGAGAGCUAAAGCAGAAGGAUUAUUUUCGUAUCUUCAAGGUUAACCUGCACAUACCAUGCAAAUUUCUCAAGGUAAAUGAAAAAUGCAAAGAAAUAAAAAAGUGCAGUGUGUGUGAAUGUCACGAUGAUGAGAUCCCAUCCAACUUUCGGACCAAUGAAAUUGAGAUUAUUGAAGAUAAAAUGACCACUGAAGAUUUGAAGAAGACUUUUAUUGAGAGCAAACUGUACAAAGACAUCCUAGGCAUUUAUGCUCCCUCCGAUGAGGGCUUUCUCUCCUAUGUGGACUUGGUCUAUAACUCUCCCUCCUUCACAGCCUACGAGGGGAGGAACAUCUGGAACAAAAUUUACCGGGAAAACUGCUUCCAGAAGGAGGAAAACAUGUGCCACGAAAUGAAUAGCUUCUACAAGAUCAUCUCCGGUAUGCAGUCUAACAUCGCCAUCUUGUCAGCCGAGUACCACUACCUCAAAAACGACUUCCUCUUUGGUGACAUGCACACGGAGGAUGUAAUGAAAAGCGACCAUUUUAAGAAGCAGAAUUAUGAAUACAACAUGCAGUUCUUCAAGGAGAAGAUUGCUCUCUAUCCGGAGAGGAUUGAGAACCUGUAUUUCACGUUUGCCAUUUUGCUCAGGGCCAUGUGCAGGCUCAAGUCGCUUGUCAGUCAGUGCAAGUGUAACUCGGGCCACGCACAGAACGACAAGGAGGCCCUCAAGGUGCUCAACGACCUGCUAGGCAGCUUCUACCAUUCGUGUUCGUCAGAAGAAUUCCUCGAGCCUAUCUUCCCAACACAGGGGAAGGAAAUACUAGCCAAGUUUGUGAACAUAACGAAUAUUCUGGACUGCGUGCCUUGUGUGAAGUGUCGUCUGCAUGGCAAGCUGAAGACCACCGCUCUGCAGAUAGCCUUGGUGGAAGGGAUGAGUUACGAGCACAUCGGGUCCCUGGAGCGAAACGAAAUUACGGCGCUGAUCAACUCUCUGUACUACUUCGCCGAUUCGAUUAUCAUCCUAAAUAAGUUCGAAGAGAGGCAGAAACUGAGAAGAGCCACGUUCAUUUUUUACCUCCUCGCGUUUUGUCUCUUCCUGAUCUUAAUGAUAUACUCCGUCAUUUUUAUCACCGUGCGGAAUUGUAAGAAAAUGAAGAAGAAGAGAAAAAUAAGCUAA